AACUGUUUCAUCUACCAGAUUGUAUAUACCACCAAGUUGACGACAUAUCUAUAUCUAUCUAUCUAUCUACCACUAGAGUAUAUUAGACAAAUAAAAUAAACAAAAUAAAAAUCAGUUAUGUCGAUGAUAUUGAUAAUGAUGAUGACGAUGAUGAUGAUGAUUAUGCCGCUGACGAUGAUGGCGAUGAAUAUGUAUGACAGUUAGACAUUUAAUAAUAUUAUCUCUAUUGAUAUAACAAUUCUAUAGACAAAGUCAAUUAUCAUUAUACAAACAAAAUUGUUUUACUUCAUUCUACUUGGAUACUUAUACAUGGAUACACACUACAGAUAGACAUGGUUACUAGUAGUACAUUCAUUGAAUUAUUUAUUUAUUAUUCACUAAAACGACAUUGUUAAAUUGGGAAAAAUGUUACAUUUACCCUACAUCUGUCUGGUGUACACACACACACACACACACUUACACGCCUACACACACACACACACCUACAAACAUACCUACACACACACACACCAACACAUGCAGACACAUAUACAAAAUCAUUUGCACUGUAUCAUAUAAUUACAAAUAAAAUGAAAAUACCGCUCAAUUAAACUGAUCCAGUUUCCAAGGGAAAUUAUUUAUUUAUUUAUUUAUUUUUUUGAAAUGAGAAUUAUUAUUCUUAUUUUCAUUGAUUAAUUAUGUUAUUAAUUCAUUUCAAGUUUUAUUUACAAAUAAAUAAUUUUUUAUAUAUUUUAUGUCAAUUCAUGAUUUUCUUAUUGAAUAUAUGGAUUUUCAAAAUGAUACAAGCAAAUCAUGUCACCAUGGCAACAAGUAAUAGUAGUAACAAUAAUAAUAAUAAUAAGCAUAAUUUAUUAUUUAAUUCUGAUGGAAACAUUUUCAAUAUGGAAACACAGAUGGAUUUGAUUCAUCGUUUACCACGUUACACACAAAUAUUGUCGUCGUCGUCGUCGUCAUCGUCAUCAUCAUCAUCUUCAUCACCGUCAGCAAUAACACCAAUUCUAGGUACAGAAUUAAUUCAACUUAGUUAUAAUUGUAUAGUCUAUGAUGAAACACCAGCUCAAUAUAAUUUACUUGAUGAAACUAAUGGAAAUACAUGCCAAUUAUUAUCAUCAUUAUCAUCCUCAUCCUCAUCCUCCUCCUCAUCAUCAUCAUCAUUAUCGAGUAUAGCAAUGAUUCAAACAAAAAAUUUCGAGAAAUUAUUCCUUAAUAUGAAAAUUAUUACAACAGCAAAUCCUAUGGCAAAAUAUUUCAAUAUUAAUCCAAAUAAUUAUACAUUGUAUACAAGUCAACAUAUUGAUCGUGAAGAAUUAUGUAAUCAAGCAAUGGUAAUGACUGAUACCUCGUCUAUACCGGAUUCAUUAAGAACAUGUUGUAUAAAUCGUCGAAAGGAAUGUAUUUUCCCAUUGAAUAUACUUGUACAGACAAGAAUUGGUAAGGAUGAUACGGUUGCUACUACUACUACUAACAGUAUUAAUAGUAGUAGUAGCACCAUUUCUAAACAUUCAGUCGACAAAGGAAUUAAUCAUGGAUCAUCCAUUAUUACUGAUACUGCAAUCGCUGAUAUUAGUAGUAUAGGUAGUAUUAGUAGUAAUGGUAAUAUUGCUGAUGUUGUAAGUAGUAGUUCACGUUCAAAAUUUUUUACAAUUAACAUAAAACUAAUUGAUAUCAAUGAUAAUGCACCAAAAUUUCCAAAUCCUCAAUAUACAAUCCAUGUUUCAGAAGGAAUACAUGUUGGAUCCAGGCUACCUUUACCAUUAGCGGAAGAUUUAGAUUGUGUAGACUAUAAUAUUGUACGUUAUCAACUACUUACACAAGGUGAUGAUACAUUUGAAUUGAUUCAAUUAUCAAAUGAAUUAAUCAAUAAUCUACCUUCAUUAGUUCCAUCUACCUCAAUUAAUAAUGAUAAUAAUCAACUAAUCUAUUCAAAUUAUAAUAGUUUAUCUUAUAAUAGACAAAUGGAAUAUCCAUUUACUUAUCAUCAACCGAAUACAUUAUCACCAAUAAAUCAAUUAUUACCAUAUCAAAAUCGACCAGAACAAUUAUAUUUAAAAGUUAUGAAGCCAUUAGAUUGGGAAACUAAACGUAACUAUCAAUUUAUAUUAAAUGCUGAAGAUAAUGGAUCACCAGCAUUUACCGGUGAAAUGAGUUUGAUGAUCAUUGUCACUGAUGAAAAUGAUAAUCAUCCUAUAUUUCGUAAUAAAAGUUUAAUGAUUAGUGUACCAGAAAAUUCACCUGAAGGUUUACAUCUUAUACAAUUAAUUGCUGAUGAUCCAGAUGAUGGAAAAUCUGGUCAAAUUAUUUAUAGUUUAAUAAAUAAUGAUGUCAACAUUAAACCACCAUCAUCAUCCUCAUCAUCCUCAUCAUCAUUAUCAUCGCUAUCGAAUGGUAAUGAUCAUUCCAAUCAACGUCAAUUACAUAACAAUUCUCAUACUACUAAUAAUAGUAAUGAAAUGAAGAAAAGCUUAUUUGAAAUUGAUUCUAAAACUGGUUGGUUAAUCAUAAAUGGACAUUUAGAUUAUGAAAUAUCAAAACAUCAUCUUCUACGUGUCAUAGCUCGUGAUCAAUCGAAUCAUCCAGGAUUUGAUGAAGCAAUCAUUAGUGUUUAUAUCACAGAUAUCAAUGAUAUUGCACCACAGAUUACAGUAGAAUCAGUUAAUCGUAUUUCAUCAAGUCAAUCGAUUAUUGAUAAUCAUCAUAAUCAAUAUAAGAAUAAUAUAUUACAAGUGUAUAUUAAUGAAACUCCUGGACAUAAUAUAAUGAAUUAUAAAUUAGAAAAUGAAUAUACUACUCAUGAUAAUUUAUUACCAACUAUGAUACAAUUAUUAGCUUUUGUAGUUGUAAAUGAUCCAGAUACUGGUCCCGGUGGUACAUUUCAAUGUCAUCUAGAAUCAAAUACAAUAGAUAACAAUGAUAAUAAUGAUAAAGCAUUUAGAUCCAAGUUACAUUAUCCAACACAAUAUACAUUGAAUGAACAAAAUCAUUAUUUGUCAUUCAUUCCAACUCCUAGUACUAGUACUAUUCGUAGUACCACUGGUACUAUAACUCAUAGUUCAAUUGUUGGAAUGUUUCAAUUAAAUCCAAUAUCUAAUUUCAAUUAUGAAUUAAAUACAAUUUAUGGAUUUGAUUAUGAAUUUAGUAAAACAGAAUCAGUAAAGAUUGUAUGCAGUGAUAAUGGGAUGCCAAGUCUUACAUCCAGUUAUGUGAUUAAAGUUAUUGUACAAGAUUUAAAUGAUAAUCCACCAGUUUUUACAAAAGAUUAUCAUAAUUUUUUUGUUCAAGAGAAUAGUCCAAUCAAUACAGUGAUUAAUAAAGUAAUUGCAACUGAUGCAGACAGUGAAAAGAAUGCUGAAAUCAAAUAUCAACUUAGUCAAGAUGGUGAAGAAUACUUUACUAUUCAUCAAUUAGAUGGAACUAUUUAUACAAAAAUAAUAUUCGAUAGAGAAUUAAAACAAAAUUAUCGAUUUCAAGUCUAUGCCAAUGAUAAUGGUCAACCGAUUGCAUUAACAGCAACCACUACAAUUGAAGUGACUAUUGUUGAUGUUAAUGAUAAUACACCAAUGUUUGUCGGUUUAGAUCGAGAUAAUUGUUAUCAUUUCCGUAUAGCAGAAAAUCAACCACCGAAUACAUAUGUUGGUAUCCUACUUGGUACCGAUAAUGAUAUUGAUGAAAAUGCUCAAUUACAUUUUCGUUUACUUGGUACAACAUCUCAUUUUAGAUUGAAUAGUUCCACUGGAGAAAUAACAACUUUACAAUUAUUAGAUCGUGAAAAACAAGCAAAUUAUGAAUUAAUUGUUUUAUUAAUUGAUCAUGGUAAACCAUCACGUUCAGCAACAGCUAAAGUUCAUAUACAUAUAACUGAUACAAAUGAUCAUGAUCCAAUUGUUGUAUUUCCAGUUAAUGGUAAAGGUAAUAUUAGUGUAUCUUAUCGGGAACCACCAGGUGAAAUAGUAGCACGAAUUGAAGCACGUGAUCCCGAUGAAGGACAUAAUUCUUUAUUACAUUUCAAUUUAUAUUCUGGUAAUCAAGCUUCAGUCUUUCGUCUUGGUAGUACGUCAGCUGAAUUAAUAAUUGAUCGUGAAUUAACUAUACAAGAUAUUGGUUUAUAUCCAUUAGUAAUACAUAUACAAGACGCUGGUAUUCCAUCACGUACAACAGAAGUGAAACUAAUGGUUAGAAUAAUUGAUUCACCACCACGUAUAUAUUCGAAUCGAUUUACUAAUUUACAUCAUUCUACAAAUUUAUUAAAUAAUGAUAUUAAAUCAUUAAAUUUACAUCGUCGUUUCAAAGAUAAUCAAUAUUAUUCAUUAAUCAAUGAUCAUGAGAAAUUAAUGAAAACAAAUGAAUUUCAUAAUUAUGAUGAAAAUAAUCCAUUCAAUACUAGUUCUAUAUUAGUUGCUAUCGUUGCAUUAAGUUGUGCUAUUAUACUUGUAUUAUUAGGCAUUACUGUAUAUGUAUGCGGUCGACGAGGAUUUCAAAGUUUUCGUUUUCAUAAUAAUAAUACUACUAAUAAUAAUAGUAGUAGUAGUAGUAGAAAUGGUCGAAUGCAAUAUCUAUUACGUAAUGAUAAUUCAUUAAAUAAUAUCAAAUUAACUGAUGAUAAAUUUAAUUGGAAAAAUAUAUUAAAUUCAAAAUAUCAUACAAAUCAUAAUAAUAAUAAUAAUAAUAAUAAUAAUAAUAAUACAAUAUUAUAUCCUAAUAAAUCAAUAAUCAAUAAUCAAUAUCAUUCCAAUCAAUCAAUCUUAUUCAAUAAUGAAAAUAAUCCAUAUAUUGAUCAAUUUAGUAAUGUAUCCUUAAAAUCAAUAUUGAUUGAAGAAAAUAAUUCAUUAAAAAAUAAACAAAAAAAUCAUGAAAAUUAUACAACAUUUUUACCAUUCAAUGAAUAUACAUCAUAUAGAAAUGAUCAAAAAACAUUACCAAUAAUCAAUGAUAAACAAUCAAUAUAUUUAACAAUGCCAAUCAAUAAUCAUACUAAUAAUGAAUUAAAACAAAAUUAUGAAAAAUAUUGGAUUAUUAAUAAACAAGAUUCUAAUAAUUAUACAUUACCACAAUAUAAUCAAUAUGAACAACAUAUAAGUAGUAAUAGUAAUAGUAGUACAUUGAUCAAUUCGAAUCUUGAUUAUUUACAACAAUCUCAUCAUAGUAACAAUAAUAAUGAUCCAUUGAAUUUAUGUAAAACAAUGAUGAAUGAUGAAGAUUUAAAAAAUAAAUCAAUACUACCAAUGAAUAUAUCAACAAUGGAUAUGAUAAAUAAUACGAAUAAUGUUACCAUGGCAACAGAUACGAUUAAUAGUAUCAUGAGUAGUAAUAAUAAUAAUAAUAAUCAUAAUAAAAUUGAUCCUAAUUAUUUUACACAAUCGUUAAAAUUAAAAAAAUCAGAGAAAUUAGAUAAUUCAAUGAAUUUCUUGAAUGGAUCAAUGAAUGAUGAUAAUAAUAAUCAUGAUCAUAAUUCAAAUGAAAUAAAUCAAUUAAAAACUGCUAGAAGUUGGGAAUAUAUUGUAAUACCACAUAAUAAUAAUAAUAAUAAUAAUAAUCAGUCAUUAUCUCCUUUAUCAUCAAAUAAAGAAGAACAUAACAAACCACAUGAACAGCAAUAUCAAGUUUCAUGGACUUCUAAUAUUCAAUCAAGUAUUCCAUCAAGUAAAUCAACCUCAAUUUUAUCACCACAACAUACAAUUAAACAUAAAAUAGGUAAUUGUCUUUCAGAUAAUCAAUCUUUUAUGAUGACUUCUACACCUUGUAUUACUUCUACACCAUCUACACCUUCUGUUAUCUCGACUACUUCCACUGCUACUACUACUACUACCAGUACUACUACUACUACUACUACUACUGCUACUACUACUACUACGACUACGACUACGACUACUACUACUACUACUACUACUACUACUACUACUACUACUACUACUACUACUACUACUACUACUACUACUACUACUACUACUACUACUACUACUACUACUACUACUACUUCUACUACUACUACUACUACUACUACUACUACUACUACUACUACUACUACUACUACUACUACUACUACUACUACUACUACUACUACUACUACUACUACUACUACUACUACUACUACUUUUACUUAUAAUAUUCUUAUGAUGUCAACAUUUGUUAGUUUAUGUUCAUCAUCAUCAUCAUCAUCAUCAUCAUAUAAAAAAUUAUAUAAAAGUACACCAAAUUAUGGGAUCAUUAAUAAUCAAUAUAUCAAUGUGAAAUCAAUUUCAAUAGAAAAAUUAAAAAAUUAUUUUUAUCGAUUAGAUCAAUUACCAUUUAUUGAUGAAAUGUAUCAAAAUGAUCAAUAUCCAAAUAUAUACGCAUCAUUUGAUGAAUUCAGUAUCAAUGGUAUGGAUAAUCAAAAGAAUUUUAUUAAAAAUCAAUCAUCUUCACAUAAAACUUCUGGUAAAUUAUGUGGUUGUUUCACAAGAAGAUAAUAAAGUGAGAUAUUUAUUUGGAAGAAAGCAUUUAUUAUAACAAAUGAACAUACUACUUACUUACUUACUUAACUGCUUACCUACCUACCUACUUACCUAUCUAGCUACCUAGUUACCUACCUACUAACCUACUUACUCACUUGCCUAUCUACCUACCUACUUACUUAUCUGCUUACCUACCUACUUACCUACUAACUUACCUACUUACCUACCUAUCAACCUCCUACUUGCUGACUUGCUUACUCACUUACUUACUUAUGCCUGUUACUCCUAAUGGAGCAUAGGCCACAAACCAACAUUUUCCAACUCGCUAAAAAAGCGCCAACUAGAAAAAACAAUUCAAAUGCACGUAGAAAAUCUAUAUAUUGAUUGUUGAAUUACUGGAUUUGGGAUUUCUUUUCUUCAUUUGAACAUGUAAUGCAUAUACAUAAUUAACGUUUCCUGUUAUUAUUAUUAUUAUUGUCAUUGAGGUUAAUCAAUUGAAUAAUUCAUUGUUAUUUGAUUAAUUUAAAAGUUGAAUUCAUGAGUCCAUUGAAGCUGGACCACCCUGGAAAACCUCAAAGUACUAGACGGCCAUUUCGUUCUAAUAUGAGACUCUUCAGCAGUGCACAUUCACAAUCCCGCCACGCGAGAUUUAAGACUGACAGAUCCUGGUUUCGAAUCUCGCGGGGGUGCAUCGUGAAUGAGCACUGAUGAAGAGUCCCAUAGUAGAACGAAUCGGCCAUCUAGUACUUUGAGGUUUUCCAUGAUUGUCUAGCUUCAAUGGACUCAUGAAUUCAACUAUUAUCUUACUAUAAUAUUCACAAAAACCCAUCUUUGAUUUGAUUACUUGGUUGAGAAAUGACUGUGAUCAUUUUUAAUGAUGUUUUAAAAAUAAUUGAGAUAUUUUGAAAAGUUUAAGUAAUAAGAUAGUAAAUAAUA